AAUUUCUAUAUAAAAACAAGAACUGAAGGUUCAUAUUUAUUUUUAAGAUAUAAGUUCAAGUUAAAGCCUAGAUAAGUUAGUUAUUUAUUGAACAAAAUUAGAAGUAUAAAUGAUUAGAUUUAGCAUUUAAAGUUAUACAUAUUAUAUAUUAUAGGAGCAAUAGUCAAAAUAAACUUUGCAAUAAUGCCGGUAGAAUUGAACAGCCUCACGGAAGGAUGGUUGGAGCUAGAAAGUGAUCCUGGCUUAUUUACAUUGUUACUAGAGGAUUUUGGUGUAAAAGGAGUACAAGUUGAAGAAAUUUAUGAUUUACACAAACCCUUAGAAAGUCCUGUAUAUGGAUUUAUAUUCCUGUUCCGAUGGAUAGAGGAACGUCGAUCUCGGCGAAAGUUUGUGGAACAAAUUGAAAGCUUUGUCCGCGAUGAAGAAACCAUUAAUAACAUAUUCUUUGCUCAACAAAUGGUUCCCAACAGUUGUGCAUCACAUGCUCUCUUGUCAAUAUUAUUAAACUGUCCAAACUUACAUUUAGGAGAAACUUUGAGUAGAUUAAAGCACCACACCAUUGGCAUGAACCCAGAAAAUAAAGGUUGGGCAAUAGGAAACACUCCAGAACUAGCAUGUGCUCACAAUUCUCACUCUAUUCCAUUGGCACGUAAGAAAACUGAUAAAAAUGCUGGAGUUUCAACAGGAAGAUUUACAGGAGAAGCUUACCAUUUUGUAAGCUUUGUGCCAAUAAAUGGCCAUUUGUUUGAGCUUGACGGCUUAAAACCAUACCCUAUGGAUCACGGACCUUGGGCAGCUGAUGAGGACUGGACAGAGAAGUUUAGACGAGUGAUGGUUGAAAGAUUAGGGCGAGAUGCUGGUGAACAAGUUCAUGAUAUAAGAUUUAAUCUUAUGGCUGUUGUGCCAGAUAGAAGAAUUGCCCUGACUCAGAAAUUAGGCGCACUUGAGAUGAAUCAAAAAAGGAUAAAAGAAGCUAUAUCAAAGAUUGGAAAACACUUAAGGCAUUUACUAACUAAACCUAGGGAUUAUAAUGAAGAGUCAAUAUCUCCAGACAAAGAGGAUUCAUCAAAUGAAAACGGUCUACAAGUUUCUGAGGAUGCAAUAAUAAAUGCCUUAGAUGCAAUGGAGGCUCCGUCCUUUGAUAUUGAUUUCACACAGCCCAUUAUUAUUGAAAUUGGGGUUGUUGAUAAACCUCAACAGGAUAAAAGUAUAAGCUUAGCUGAACCUGUGGAACAAAAUGUAAACAUGAAGUUUUUCACAAUUAAUGGUGAAAAUCAAAUAUUAACAAACCUCCAUCCAACAUCAACAACGGCUCUCAUCCGCAGUAAUAACAAACCGAUAAUCCUUUGCUGUGAGGUUUCACCAGAACAGCCCUACAGAUUCCGGAAGCUUUUGUUCAGUCACUCGGAGCUCAACAUGUUCCUAAACAGCAUCGUCUCCGAGAUGCAGUCGUGUCAGCUGGCUCUGAACGACGAGAAUGAUAAGCGGGAUAUGUAUAAGGUCGACGACUGCCGUCGAACCCACAACUACGACGAAUUCAUCUGUACGUUCCUCUCAAUGCUGGCGGAGAGGGGCGUUCUCGGGGAACUGGUGAGCGCCCAGCUGGAACGAGGUCGGUCUCCGAGAGUCCGACGCAGACGACCGAGGCCCCGCCCACGGGCGCGCCCGAGACCACGCCCUCGGACUAGGAAAUAGUUUUCAUGGAGGAUACGAGCGAGCCUCUAGAUUCCUUCCAGCUUCCGAGAUCAUCGGUCGGAUGAUUCGUGUGAUUUUUAAGAGUAAUAGAGCCUGACUAGCAGAAUUCGAAAUGAAGCCACUUUAUUUUGUGAUUAACAAUGCAUCGAUUACAUUCGUAUGAGAUUCUUGCAGAUUUGUCGUACGUAGCAUUCUAUGUACCGUUGUAUUAAAAGUAUACCCAAUAA